CCCCGGGCGGGCGGUGCGGGAGCAUGGCCCCGGCGGCGCGGCUGUGCUGUGCCGCGCUGCUCUGCGGUGCCCUCAGCCUCUGCAGCCUGCGGGCCGCGCCGCGCCAGCCCGACACCCUCUACUUGUGGAUCGACGCCCAGCAAGCGCGGGUGCUCAUCGGCUUCGAGGAGGAUAUUCUGAUCGUGUCCGAGGGGAAGAUGGCCCCGUUCACCCACGACUUUAGGAAAGCCCAGCAGAGGAUGCCCGCCAUCCCCGUCGGCAUCCACGCCAUGAACUUCACUUGGCAGGCAACGGGACGGGCCGAGUACUACUAUGAAUUCCUGUCUUUGCACUCUUUGGAUAAAGGCAUAAUGGCUGAUCCAACUAUAAAUAUCCCCCUGCUUGGAACAGUUCCUCAUAAACCAUCAGUUGUUCAGGUUGGAUUUCCUUGCCUUGGAAAACAAGAUGGGGUUGCUGCAUUUGAAGUGAACGUGAUCAUAAUGAAUUCAGAAGGCAAUAUUAUUCUCCAGACCCCUCAGAACGCCAUCUUCUUUAAAACCUGUCAGCAAGUGGAAUGUCCAGGAGGAUGCAGAAAUGGAGGGGUUUGCAACGAAAGACAUGUCUGUGAAUGUCCUGAUGGAUUUUACGGGCCUCAUUGUGAGAAAGCACUGUGUGUUCCUCGCUGCAUGAACGGCGGGCUCUGCAUCACACCCGGCCUCUGCAUCUGCCCCCCGGGGUUCUACGGCAUUAACUGCGACAAAGCAAACUGUACAACAACCUGUUUCAAUGGAGGGACGUGUUUCUAUCUGGGAAAAUGCAUUUGUCCUUCAGGCUAUGAGGGAGACCAGUGUGAAAUUAGUAAAUGCCAUCAACCCUGUCGAAAUGGAGGCAAAUGCACUGGUAGGAAUAAAUGCAAGUGCUCCAAAGGCUACCAGGGAGACCUGUGUUCAAAGCCUGUCUGUGAACCCAGCUGUGGCCUGUACGGCACCUGUGUGGAGCCCAACAAAUGCCAGUGCAAAGAAGGCUGGCACGGGAGACACUGCAAUAAAAGGUAUGGAGCCAGCGGUCUGAGCGCCCUGAGGCCAGCAGGCAGCAAGCACAGGCAGCACACGCCUUCUCCAAAAAGGGCCGAGGAGAAGCAUGUCCAACCCGAAUCCAAUUAUAUCUGGUGAGCUCCAACAUCUGAAAUGGUUCGUGUUACACAAAGUUCACAGCCUUCAUUAACCUCUCAUGGAUUGAAUGUUAAAAUGCUGUUCAUUACAGUUAAGAUUACCGGCUGGAAUUUUAUUAGCUUCAUUAUAAACCACUGAGCUGACACUUACUACUCCUUUUAAGUUUUAUAAAUACUUCUGUAGCAUGAUUAUAUAGGCUUCUUCUCUCAGUGCUUUGGAUGGUGUUUUGUACUACACUUCAGUUACAGCUAAACUUCCCUUUUUUUGGUUAUAUAGCAAAUGUUAUCCAAAAAUUAGGUAACAGUAUUCAAGCAGAAAACCCUGUAGAUGCUAACCCUGAAUUAUUUCAAUGACUACAGAUGCAAUUUGUCUUAGACAAAAGAAAGGUGCAUUUUGCAAAUUUUUACAAAUUUUGUAUUUAGACUUUUCCCUAUGAAAAACAGAUACAUAAAUAAAUAAGUUGCCUAAUUUAAAAACUGAAUAACUCGAUUCAAUGUUAUUUUUGGCUUUACAGUUUUGUGUAUUAAAAAGAAACUGCAGUGGUACCAUUUAACUGACAUAAUAUAUUGUAAACAAAGUAGAGCUAUAAUGUAUGAAGUUUCUGCAUCAGCUUGAAGCAAUAUAAUAUAUUGUAAACAGAACAGCUCUUAUGUAAUAAACUUUUUAUACUAUUGUUAUGUAUAAAAUAAAGACGCUGCUUUAGUUUUUUGAGUA